CUGAUUUGUUUUGCAGGAUAUAUUCCGCUAAUGUUAAUUAUUCUGUGUAUGUUUUUAACAUAUUUUGUUGCUAAUUUCUCACACGCUUCCAACAAAUUAUUUGACAGUGGCUGUAACAGUAGUCUGCGUGAAAUUAGGUCUGUACUUUAUAAUGGAAGCUAUGGCUGCAGUCAUUUUGACACAUCCAAGGAACCACAUUUUGCUUCCUUAAUCCUGGCAAGAGGUGGUAGUAAAGGUAUCCCUCUAAAAAAUUUGGCAAAAGUAAAUGGAACUACUUUGCUUAAACGUUCCCUUAAUACCAUACAUGAAUUUGGCAGAUUUUCAUCAGUUUGGGUGUCAACUGAUAGUGCUGAUAUUGCAAAAGAAGCUAGUACUGCAGGUGCUCAAGUGCAUUGGCGGUCCCCAGAAAGUGCCACAGACUCUGCCCCAUCAAUAGUGGGAGUUCAGGAGUUCUGUUCAUUUCACCCAGAGGUUGAUAUAGUUGCUCUGAUACAAUGCACAUCACCUUUCUUAAAAACUUCAUUCCUUGCAGAAGCUUAUAGAAACAUGCAGACUGGAAGGUUUGACUCUGUAUUUUCUGUGACACAACAGUACAAACUACGAUGGAAGAGGCUGCCAGAUGGUGGAAUUGAACCAUUAAACUUUAACCCAAAGAGACGUCCCAGACGCCAGGAUUGGGAUGGGGAGCUUGUGGAAAAUGGCAUGUUCUACUUUGCAACCAAAAAUCUAAUCAACUAUGGCCUCCUUCAAGGUGGAAGCAAAUCUUGUAUAAGAUUUGAAGCUUCCGUGGCGACUGAAUGCAGUGAAGCCCCGUCAGGCAAUCAGCCAUGUGGGAAUGCCGGUUGAAAUUCCAUGUGUCAGAGACUGUCUCUGCUGCCAUCAUCAAGGAGUUGAUGUCUCAUGUGGCUGAUGUGAGAAGAUAUUAUUGAAGACCUUUAUUAUGUGUUCCUUGCAUGAUGUGCACAAAAUGAACACAGACAGGUCUGUCAUGUAUGUGUCUGUCCACAUGUUUAAACUUUGUAUUUGUUGAACAGAUUUUGAUGAUAUUUGGUAUGGAUGUUAUGCCCUUAGAGGAUUCACCAUUGUCAUAAUUUACUAAUUCCUGUAGUUACUAUUAACAUCGCAAAAUGCAGUAACUUGUGAGGUGGAAAUGACGCUAGUGCCUUGUAAUGAACUGAGUCGAAAGAUGUGUAACAAGUUUCUAAAAAAUAUGCAUCAUAUUUGGGACAUCCCAGCUUUGAAUGAA